AUGAUCACACACCAACCACAGUGCUCAAAGAAACAGCGCACCAACCACACCGGUGGCCAAGACACCAAGGCGUGUAAAUAUGCCACGCAAAACACUAAGGCCGUUGUCUUCUCUCCACGCCUGUCGUUGGGCGACAAGUUCGAUCUGUACACGUCCAUUGCGCUCUCCUUCGUCUCUAUAGGCUACGCCUUCAGUGCCUUGGACAAGUACGACGGAGGAGAGCUUCUGGUAAAGGUGCCGGGCCUGUGUCGUGGAGCCAAUGCCAAGUGGUGGGGCGUCUUCGCCUUUCGCAUCGCAGAGGUCACCUCGCGUGCCACUUCUUUGGCGCUCUUCCAAUGCGUUUGCCGGCCUUGGGGCAUUGUCACUGUGAUGAGCGCUGACACGGUCCUGGUGGUGACUCUUGCGGCGAUCUCUCAAAUGACCAGAGGAAGGAAGUACAGUCGUGGUGGCGGGCGGCUCUUGCGGCACAACUUGGUCUACGCCUUGCCAUCCUCCAUUUGUUUGAUGACGCCGAUGUUGGAGAAGGACAGCCCCAUGACCUUGCCACCUGAGCUCUACUAUUCCAUUCGAGUCGUCGAGCUUGGGGCGAUGAUCGCAUUGAUGGGCUACCGCUUGGAGUGGAAUUUGGACUCAGCCAGGGAAGUCUUUAAGGAUGAUGCCCUCAUCGUCUACGCCUUUGUUCUUAGCACCAUCAUGAUGAUUCUUCUUUGUUUCUUCUUGCGGCAGUUCGUGGCGGUGCGAACCCUGUUGGAGGCGCCAGUGGAAAUGUGGCACUUGCGUCCCUUCAACGUCACACAACAGGUGCUACGAAACCGGAUCCUCGGGCUCGACGCAGGCUUCAAGUCCAGGGCUUGGGCGUCGGAACAGCGCAGGAUCAUGGCCAAGAUCCAGCGGGCACCACAUCGAGCCAGCUACUUGCAGCAAGCCAUGCUGCUCUCAGACUUGCCAGAGAUGAGUGCAGCGGAAUGGGAUGCACGUUUCCUGAGUGCCAAAGUGUCUUACUGCUUGGAGCAAGCGCUACACUCGCUAGCCACCACCUUCAGUGAGUCUCAGAAGGAGCUCAAGGUGGGCGGCGUGUCGAAACGCUGCAGCCGCCGACGAGGGGAGGAAAGCACUGGAGGCCGGUGCAGCUGGGUGAGUGAAACAGUUCUGGUAUAUAGUAUAAGAUGUAUAAGUGACAUCGUGUGA